UUGUUUACAUUGGAAGGAAAAGUAUGAAUCCCUUUAUUGAAUUUAGACUUUAAAAUAAUUAACUGAGCUGCCCUCCAUUUUUUCUUUAUAUCAAAAAGUUAUGUAGAAACAACUACAACAUUAUUGGUUCUUAAUUAAGGCUCUGAAUAAACACAUUACAGAGAGAGAGAGGAUGAGUGGAGCAGGAAAAGUGGUGUGUGUUACAGGAGCUUCAGGUUACAUAGCUUCAUGGCUAGUGAAGGUCUUACUACAAAGUGGAUAUAUUGUCAAAGCCACUGUCAGUAAUCUAAGUGAUUCAAAGAAAACAGACCACUUACUUGCACUAGAUGGAGCUAAAGAAAGACUUCAUUUAUUUGAAGCAAAUUUAAUGGACCAAGGCUCUUUUGAUUCUGCUGUCAAUGGAUGUGAUGGUGUUUUUCACACAGCCUCUCCUUCAUUUCUCUCAGCUCCACACCCUCAUGCAGAAAUAAUAGAGCCAGCAGUGAAGGGAACACUGAAUGUUCUGAGGUCAUGUGCUAAAGUUCCUUCUGUAAAGAGAGUGGUUAUAACAUCUUCCAUGGCUUCAGUUGUAUUCAAUGGAACACAAUGCACCCCUGAUGUGGUUGUUGACGAGACAUGGUUUUCUGAUCCUGCUGUUUGCGAGAAUAUGAAGCUUUAUUAUCCACUUUCGAAAACUCUAGCUGAGGAGGCUGCUUGGAAAUUCGCAAAAGAAAACAUGAUCGAUUUGGUCACUAUUCAUCCAGCAGUAGUACUUGGUCCUCUCUUGCCACCAGUUAUUAAUGGUAGUGUGGAGCUGGUUAUUCAACUUUUAAAGGGGAAUCAAAUGUUUCCAAAUGAAGUUUUUGGAUAUGUUGAUGUCAGAGAUGUUGCAAAUGCACACAUUCAAGCAAUGGAAGUUGCUUCAGCUAGUGGAAGAUAUUGUCUAGUUGGAUGUGUUGCACACAUGUGUGAUCUUUUAAAGAUUUUAAAAGACCUCUACCCUUCUCUGAAUAUUCCUGAAAAGUGUGAAGAUGAGCAGCUGCAACUGCCAAAGUAUCAAGUAUCAGAUUUGAAAGCAAAGAGUCUGGGAAUCAAUUUCGUCCCGUUGGAAGUGAGCUUGAGAGACACUGUAGAAAGCUUGAAGGAAAAAGGCUUUAUAAAUAUCUAAUGUAUGUCAUUGACAAGGACCACCAUAUAUUUGUAUAGCUUCAUGCUAUUUUUUUCUUAAUUUUAAAAGGAAUGAAAACAAAAGAAGACAGCUAUACUUAA